AUGUUAUUUUAUUCCAAUAUUUCUCAUGAUGCACACUUUCGCUUUGUGUGGAAUUUAGGGAGCAUUUCAAAGUUUUUGUCAGCCGGCCACAGGGUUACCAACUGUACCCCAUUUGAGGGUACAGCACCCCAAGAAAAUUUGCACCUUUGGGGUACGCAUUCUGUACCCCAUUUCUCAUCUCUGAUGCCUCAUUUGAGACCUGAACAGUUGGUAACCCUGGCCGGCCAGCCGCUUUGCCGCAAAGCCGGUCGGCCGCUCUGCCGCAAAGCCGGCCGGCCGCUCUGCCGUGGUAAAAAGACAUAA